AACAUGUCUAGUGUUCGGGUUUCAGAGUGAUUGUUGUUGAAGAAAUCUGCUAACAAGUUAAAAAAAAAAAACGAUCGUCCGGCAUGAGAAGGAGACCAGCCGUCAACUCAGACUGCUGGACAUCAGCUGGAAACCCGAGAUAAAGCCACACAUUACAGGGAGAAAAAAGAAAGAGAGCUGAUGUCACACAGAGAUGGAGAAAGAUAAGAAAGAGGACAGGAGAGGAAGAAGAAAGGUUAGAUUCAAAGUCCUCCCACAUCAACAUGAAUUGUGAGGAAGAGGAGGGUGUGGAUGAUCAGCAGGUCUGUAACCAGGAGAGGAAUUCCAGUCUGGACCAAAAUGACCCAGAGCCUCCACAGAUUAAAGAGGAACAGGAGGAAGUCUGCACUGGUCAGGAGGCCGAAGGCAUCAUCGUCUGGACCGGAAAAGAGCGGCUCAGACUGCUGGAUACCAUUUGGAAACCUGAAAUAAAGCUACACAGAAUAGACCUCCACCAGCAGGAUAUCGGUAAGGAGGAAGAAGUUGUCACAGAUCAGCAGGUCUGUAACCAAGAGAGGAACUCCAAUCUGGACCAGGAGGAUCCAGAACCUCUGCAGAUUAAAGAAGAACAGGAGGAAAUCUGCAUCAGUCAUGAGGAAGAACCGCUUGUAUUGAAGGAGGAGACUGAGACCUUUAUGGUGGCUUCUACUUACGAGGAAUGUAAAUCAGAACCAAACAGUGACCAGUUCCUUUUUCACAACUCUCCUGACCCAGAGAGCCUAGAACAAGAAGAAAGCGAGCAUGUGGACUUAACAUCAAGUAAAAAAUUAUUAAAAUGUGACACUUGUGGAAAAUUUUUUCAGUAUCAGUCCAAACUUAAUAGACAUCUGAGAGCUCACACAGGUGAGAAGCCAUAUUUUUGUGUCACAUGUGGGAAGAGAUUUAGUCAGAUGAUACACUUAAGAAAGCACAUCAGAAUUCACACAGGUGAGAAGCCUCAUCCUUGUAGCAUCUGUGGAAAUAAGUUUAAUGACAUGUCAGCAUUCAAAUCGCACAUGAGAAUUCAUACUGGUGAAAGACCAUAUUCUUGUAGCACCUGUGGGAAAAGUUUUAGCCAAAUGAUACACUUGAAAAUUCACAUGAGAGUUCACACAGGCGAGAAGCCGUAUCCUUGUGAUAUGUGUGAAAAAAGAUUCACUAAUUUGAUAAACUUGAAAACGCACAUAAGAAUUCACACGGGAGAGAAACCACAUUCUUGUAACAUCUGUGGGAAAACCUUUCGUCAGAAUUCGACGUUGCAAACUCAUCUAAGAAUCCACACAGGUGCGAAACCAUAUUCUUGUAGCACCUGUGGAAAAAGAUUUAGUCAUAUUAAAAACUUGACAACUCACUCAAGAAUUCACACAGGUGAGAAGCCAUAUACUUGUAGCACCUGUGGGAAAAAUUUCAGUCAGUUGACUCAUUUAAAAAGUCACAUGAGAAUUCAUACUACCUUACAAAAUGUGGCAGAGUAGGAGUGUGUGACUGUUAGAAUGCAUAGUGAGGAAAAUCACAGCUACACCUGAGGGGAAACAAAGAUGACCUUAUAUUCUGGUCAGUAUGGAAUAGCUUUUAAUAAUAGUUAUUCAAGUUGGCUGUGUUUUUGUUCUGAUGUAAUUGAAAGCCCAGUUUUAUAAAGGGUCUCAAAUAAGCCAGUUUUUAGAACAUUUCCUACUGAACUAUCUUCAAUGUGUAUUAACGUUUCACGGUACAAAUUUUAAACCUGUAUAACCAGUCCUGUGAAAUUUUAGCUUCAUAUAUUAAACAAAAACAAAACAAAAAGUUAUAUGUUUUAAGUUACUUUCAAAACUUAUAUGGUUUCUAACUAAGUCGUAAAGUGAUAAUAUUUUAUUUUCAUUCAGCUUUCAAGCAUUUGAGCAAAUACGAUAAAUGUUUUAACAAAAACAAAAAUAUCCAUAAAGAGUUUAAUCUGAAUAGAACAAGUUUCUAGAUGGUUGUGUAAUUACAACUCAGAAAAUAAUUUCAUUAGAUAUUUGCAUGUUUAACCUCCUAGGACCUGCCGUCCACAUAUGUGGACAUCACAUUUUGGGUUAUUUAGACCAAAAUACUAAAUUUUGCUCAACAAUGGCCUGAUAUCCACUUACGAGGACAUUAUACUGCUACUGUUCUAUCUAAAUUUUAAACAAAUAUCCUCAUAUGUGGCUCUCAUUUAUCUUAGAAACAAAAAUCAGGUAAAAAAAAUCUGGUAAUUCUUUGUUUUUACAUUCAUCAGGUCCCAAUCAGCCCAGAUAUCAAGGAGAAAUUAAAAAUGCAUGCCACGGAAGAGUUUGUGUCUUAGGGGGUUAUCUGAUUUUUAAAUCUGAUUAAAUCAGAUUUUUAUCAAAACAGAAAGUUUCUGUUGAGCCUUCUCCAAUUUACAUAACAAUGUUAUGUUUCAAAGUGUGGGCAUAUUUUCCCUCUUUUCAUAUUUUAACAAGAAUUAUCAGAGUUGUCCAAAAGCAGUAUUUUUUUUCCUCUUCUGCCUGUCAACUUAGACAUUGUCAUAUUAUAAUAUACUAUGUUACAUAUAAUCUAAUAACUGAAAUAACACAAAUAAAAUGAUGAAAUAAGCCAAUAAAAGAAACAUAAACAAGAGGAGCCUAUAGAGACUUCAUAGAAUGUAUCUUGGAAAAGCUACAUAUGUUUGGCACAACAGUGAUUUUUACACCAUAAUUCGUAUUUUAAAAGCUGCCAGACAGGACAGGAUUUAAUUUCUUAAAAAGCAUCAAAUUAAAUUUCUAUAAAAACAAAAAGUUUCUGUUGAACCUUCUCCAAUUUGAAUAAAAAUGUUCAAAGUUGUGUAAGCAGUAGGACUCAAAAUGGUAGGUAGGUAGAGUAGGGCAAAAAAAGGCCUGAAAGUGGGUCAUUGGACCAUUUAUAACCCCCCCCCCC